UUGUGGAUAGUGACAGAGUGGCAACCGCAAGUGGGAGAGGCCGCGAGGCGGAGGCUUUCCUGAGCGUGAACAUUGAGACUAUGCAUGACCUUAGUGACCUGUUAAGCAAUGUGCACAAGCUUCAUGCAUGCUCUGGAUACGAUGUACAAGGCAACAGCUGCAUUUCACUCAGAUGCCAGGCACUCUCCAAGCAGCAAAUGUGUUCAUUCUGCCGCACUGAAAAGAACAGGCUUUUGAAAUAUCUUCUCAAAAGCAAAAAAGGCCAAAAAAGGCACGCGUGCAGACAAAAAAAAAGUGAAGAAUCUGCAAAAGAAAGCAAUCAGGGCAGCUGCUGCAAGAGUGUCAUUCAUGAAGAAUAUGGCACAACUAAGAGAGCAGCUGACAAGUGAAAGGUCUCUCUCAAUUAGUAAACAUUUAAUGUCGCUUCCACCUCUUCAACGACUGGCAUUCAACAUGUCUUUGAAACAAAUGGAAGCAAAGGGUCCACAGGGUGUACGCUACGCUAGGAGAUGGGUGCUGAACUGCCUUCUCCUUCACAUUUCAAGCCUGAAAGCCUACAAUUUGAUGCGGAAGAUGAACUUGCUUCCCCUACCGACUUGCAGUUGACUUAACCAGGUCCUUUCAGGUGUACAGUGCGUGUACGGUUACAACCAUGUGGUCCUGUAAGUGCUCAAGGCAUUUUUUGCUAGCAAGCGUGAUGUUGAAAAGUAUGGCACACUCGAGAGGGAGGGAGUCGAGUUCAACAAGUUGACAUCUUUAUUUCAAUAAAGUUGUUUCUCUCUCUCUCUCGACAUACAAAUUUGAUGGCAUUGUGGAGUUUGAAAACACAGGAGAGCAAAGCAAGGCUAUCUUGGCUGACCAUGCCCUUGCAAUUACAUUUAUCCCUCUAUUUCACAGCCCAUUGCAAGUUUUGUAACUAGAGGUGCAGCUCCUGGUGUUGUGUUGGCCAAGAUUGUUGUCGAAUCAGUGCUGCAGCUUGAGCGCCAUGGUGCAUCAGUUCUGGCUGUUGUCAGUGACGGUGCGGGCAACAUCAGAUCAAUGUGGACACAUCUUGGAAUAUCGGGAAAGUUGCACCAGCCUGUGAAAAAUAUUCCGCACCCUACACUUGAGGAUGGACGCUUUUUUCAUUUCCUGUGCGAUGUGCCCCACAUUACACAAUGUGUGAGAAACCAUCUCCUGACGCACACAUAUGCAAAGGCUGGCACCAACUGCAUCAAUUUUAAACAUAUGAGCGCCUGUACAAUGCUGAAAAGGACAGCCAUCUCAAGAUUGUUCCAAAAUUAACUUCCUCCCACAUCAAGCCAAGCAAGCUGGAGAAAAUGAAUGUUAGACUGGCAACACAGUUGUUCAGCAGGAGUGUUGCCAUUGGGCCAAAGCUUUACAGGGAGCAGCGUAAACCAGGCUUCGAAGACGGUGAAGGAACGGAAAAAUUCAUGAUGCAGGUGAUAAAAAACUUCCUCAUCAUGCUGAACAUGACCGAAAAGAACAGCAUUGAGAGAAACACAAAGCUCUUUGCAUCUCAGUUGACAACAGAAUCCCUCAGAGUGACAUUCAUGUCGGUGCUGGAUAUAAUCACCCUCCUGCUUGACAAGUACAUAAGAUACAUGCUGACUGCAAAACUCAACCAGGACCCAUUGGAAUCCUGAGAUCAUUUGGCGGUGAUGAAGAUAGGACAAUUUGGCCAAAUAUUCAGGCUUUCGAGCCUCUACACUCCCUUAAAGAUGGCAAUGAAAGGAAAUUGCACUGGCGAUGCAGAUCCCGUUCGUGUUAGUGUGGAAGAGAGCCUAAGCUCUAAGAGGCUUGAAGUUCUUCAGCAAAAGAAGGAACGAGAGGACAAGCUCGGAUAGCUCAUCCACAAAAUUGUGUUAGAGAAGCUGCCAGAAGGGGACUCAAAACUAGCACAAUUGUGGCCGACCCACUGCAACAGAUGCUGCCUUAUACUACCUUGCAGGAUAUGUAGUAAAGAAAGCAGCAAAGUUUUCGAGCUGCCAUGACUGUAAGGUCACUCUCCUUGCCACAGAUGAUGUAUCACCUCAGCAAUUUUCACCGAGAUGCGUUCCUUUGUUCCGGGUGCCCUCCAGCUGCCGUCAAAAGCUCCGACAUCACUGCUUAUACGCAUUGAGAGCCCUAUAAUUUAAAGAACAAAGUCCAACAUAGUGUUUGGAGACUUGUUAUGGGCCAUUGUUGAAGACUUGACAAAACCUGGGCGGCAGCCUUGUAGAGGUUGGAUGUUUUAUUCAUUCUGAAGAGCUCUCUGCACGUAUUGUGAAGUUUUAUUUAGUAACACGCAUACAUUUAUAUGCAAGGUUUCUAUGGCAACACAAAGAAACGAGUGUGCAAGUUAAAGUUGCCAGAAAGCGUGCAAAGCUCUUGUGAGUACCGGCCAGUACCUGAGAUUUGUCGAGUGUGAACUUGAGUUAACUGAAAGGUGGGUGUACAACCAGCGCAUUUAUGCUUUAUUUUGUGGCAGUAGUAGACGUAAGUGAAUGCAUCUGAAUAAACUGGUGAAUGAAAGCCCGAUUGCUUUGUUACUUUGUAAUCCAUGCUGAAAUCGCUAGUUUGGGCAGUGGCCACGAUUUGCCCACCGAGAUGGCAUGAAGCGGCGUUGACAUUGAAAGGAGGGGUGCUCGCGAGCACGGAAGCCACUGUCGUUUGUUGCGACGCGCGUAGGUUUCCGCAUGAAUCGUUUAUAUAGUAAUACAAAUGCAUAAUAUUUUGUUCAAAUGAGGCUAGUUACAACCUUAGGCGAAUUGCAAAAAAGCAGGGCAUGCGGGAAAAUACCGAACAAGGUUACUAAAAGGUAGCGUAACGACGCAUGCGUAACGCCAGAUGUAGCCGGCAGACUGCCGCGCUCAAAUGUUUUGAAGCAAACACAUAAGUAGCGCCACUUGCUAAGAUAUCUUGCAGCGAUGCAUGUAAAGUUUUCUACACGGUUAAACGUAAAUAAACGCGCACAUUGAGCGCCCGACUACGGCCUAGCGAGCCAAGCAGCCGCGAGGCUGGAUGGCUGGAUCUCGAUAGAACGCUCCCGCCACCUGUCAGCCGGAGUCACGGGCGAAGCCAUAGAGUUUCUCUAUGGGCGAAGCACGGCGCCGGCGGAGAGUUCGACAACUGAACCUAGUUCUAGUAGAGUGUACUAGAAGUACACUCUAGUUCUGUAACGUUGACUUGAGACUGCACCGGGUCAUUCAAGUACAUCUAGCCACCGUAAUUCAAGUACCCUAGUUUGACUUUCGGUAAUGCGGUCCUGUGCAUGAGAUGAGAGGUUCGAGCAAGGUUGGAAGUUAAGCAGCGAGGGGUAGGUAGACUGGCUCUGGGAGCACACGGAAAUACACCA